CAUUGUCAUAAGGUGUUAGACUAUUUUGAAUUAGUUGGCCAAGAGAGAAUUUUUUUUUUGCUGAUUAUGAUAGAGAUCCUAUGCCUUCUAUCACACCACUUGCCAUGUUCCCAGAGGAUAGUUAUAAUGAGGACUUAGAUGGGGCAGGGCAGAGCCAAUUAGUGGAAUUGAACAUAAUGAUGGUGAAGAUUUAGGAAAUGUGACUGGGGUGGAAGGGGCAGAGGAGUUGAACUUAAUGGGGCAGGGCCAAAGAGUGAGAUUAGGCUUGGAGAUGAGGCAAAGGGUGAGCUUGAUGAGGGAGAUUCUGUGUUUAGCCAAGAAUCAUCAGAGAGUGAGGAAGAGAACAAUAUUCAGAUUAUUGGGUCUGUACAAGAUGGUCAGGAGGGUAGUUUUGCUUUGGGCAUGACCUUUGCAGAUGCAAAGGAUGCUGGGGAUGCCAUACAUUAGUCAGUGUUACCACAGGGACACAUAUGCCAAGGCAUAUGAACACUUAAUCCAACCAUUACCCGGUGUUAAGUUUUGGAAUGUGAAAGCUGAAGAUGCAAUAGAACCACCCCCUGUAGAAAAGAACGUAGGAAGGCCUAAGAAAAACAGAGUGAAAGCAGCUAAUGAACCAAAACGCAAGCACAAGUUGUCAAGGGUGGGGAAGACACAACAUUGCACCCUCUGUAGGAGUGCAACCCACAAAAAAAGUGCAUGUGCACUGAAUCCUACCAAGGUGAACAAAGUAGCAGAGUCUUCCACCUCAACUAAGUGUAAAGGGAAAGCACCAGCAGGACUUGGACUCUAUGUUCAUGAAGAAACUGGAAAACAAAUACUAAAUCCCGGAGGAUCACAGUCAAUAGUCAUAACUGAGGGCACACCAAGAGAAAGUGAAUCAAAUGUCAGAUUUGUCAUACCUAAUGAGAGAGAGCUCAGAAUGGAGAAAAGAAAGAGAAGCCCAUCCACAGCAGUUGGUCUUUCCUCGAAGAUGAAGAAGACAGCAACAAAGCCUUUCAAGGCUCCAAGAGGCAAAGCUCAAGAGCAGCUUCAAGAACCAGUACUUAGAAGAUCUCCUAGGGGACUAAAUGUGAUUUCAACUGCUGGAUCAACAACAAGCAGUUGA